GAGAGCAAAGUGGGGGAGGAAAAGUGCCAUGUUUUUCUCCAAUGAUUAAGGGAGCAAGGAUAUGUAAGAGAUAGAGGAUGAAUGAGAGAGUUCAAGCUCUCCCAGCUGUAAUUCUGUUUAAAAUGCAUUCUACGCAAAACAUUGAUGUGUCGUCUCCCCCUCCCCGCUGCACUCUCUCUCUCUCUCUCUCUCUCUCUUCUCUGCUUUAUGUGCCGUCUGCUGUUCUAAUCAGAUAGAGGAGCUUUUCUGUGCAGCGGUGUGGAUGUGGAGCUCUGUCUGCAGGAGACCUGAGCCAUGCCAAACAGAGACAGCUACAGGUCAUACUCUCUGAACGCUUCAGGGGGAUUCUGUCUGCAACAGCUUGACGAUCUGUACAUGAAGUGAGUCUUCUAAUCUUUUACGUGUCAAACAAGCCCACAUCAUCAAACUGUACGUGUAUAAGGGACGUUUCAACCUACAAAAACUCAACAUGACUAUCACCAUUCAAAACAUCACAGCAACCUCUGCCAUCGUCAGCUGGCCGUCAUCUCCAGGCUGCGUGGACACGUUCUAUAGCGUCAUGUAUCACCCGAACUGGAACAGCUUGCUGAUGGGUUACACUCGCAAGAGCUUUCUGCGGGAGGACAGGGUUCCCGUAAGCCAGACGUCCACCAGUCUGGGCAACCUCAGUCCACAGACCACGUACAUCCUCUGCGUCACCUGCCAGUCCGCCAAUCCCACCAGAGAGCAGUGCCAGGUCUUUAGCACCCUAGAUGAGGGCGCUGAGCUCGGAGAGAGCGGCAGAGAGCUGGCGAUGGGAGUCUGGCUGGCCAGCAGCAUCUUGUUACUGAUAAUUGCCGUGGCUCUGCUUUGGGGAUGUCUCCACACCAUGUGUCCAACAAAGAGGGACCCAGAAAGAGGCAGCCAGUCAGGUCCCAACCCUCCACACCUGGCUCUGACCCCAAUGGGGACAAACAUGGGAAGCGAAGGAAGAAAAAGUCUGUACACGCCCGGUUGUGCAGGGGAAGACUCUCAGAACGCAACGGUAAUUGAGAAUCCUUUUCGGUCAGAGCACGGCAGAGAAAUGGCUAACGGCCAGGGUCGUGAACUUCGCACACCAAGUAACAAACAAAGAUUUGGCCCCGGGUCAGAAUAACUGGGACGCCAGAUUGUUAUUUAAUGCACUGACCCCAAAAAUCCAAACUAUUAGAACGUACACAAUGAGGACAAUCACCAGGGUUGAAACCAUUUUGAAAAAAUAAGACUCUGACAGUAGAAAUAGGCUGACGGGGUUAAAUCAGCAUUUAAAUGUCAGAUGAAAACUGAAGGACACCCUUUGGCUUUCAAUACAAUUUUACAAACCGCAGGGUUUUUUUUGUUUUUUUUGGUACACCUUUACAGUUUGUUAACAUGAGUUAAAUGCAUUCAGUAUCAGAAUAAAUGAAAGUUUACAUUAUUUAUAACAUUUGCAUUCAUUUAUACCCCCACCUCCAGAACAUAAAUGUACAGAUAAUUUACUCACCCCCUUGUCAUCAAAGAUGUUCAUGUCUUUCUUUCUUCAGUCGUAAAGAAAUGAUGUUUUUUGAGGGAAACAUUUCAGGAUUUCUCUCCAUAUAGUGGACUUUUAUGGUGCCUCUGAGUUUAAACUUCCAAAAUGCAGUUUAAAUGCAGCUUCAAAGGGCUCUAAACGAUCCCAGU